GUAGGAAAAACAAAUACUAUGGGAGUCAAUGGGGGAUUAGAUCUGUUUGGUUACUGACAUUCUUCCAAAUAUCUUCCAUUGUGUUCAGCAGAACAAAUAAAUUUAUACAGGUUUGAAACAAUCUGAUUGUGAGUAAAUGAUGAGUAAACUUUUUUGGGCGAAUUUCAUUACACUGAGGUAUAAUAAGAAUUUGUUGUUGACAUACUGUAGUUAAAAAUAGAUUUGUAUUAUUAAUGAAAAAUCAUUUACUGUACAUUUAUUAAUGAAAAAAGUAAAACCGGGCUAUAAGAAUGUUGUACUAUACUAUAAUUUAAGAAUAGAAACUUGACAAACAAUCAAGUAGCUGUGAUGUAUUCAUGUUAUCUGAAACAGAUGAUUGAACCUGCAUAUUUUCAAGGUCACAAGCCUUUUCUUUUUGUUGGAAACAUGCACUGACUCAUAACGAAGGGAAAUUCUUUAUUCGUGCCAUCACAUACCCACCACUUCCACUUCACAACAUUGCGCAACCUCAUUUUUCCAUUUCUCAUCACAUAUCAUGUGACCUGAAUGCCCUAGACUGAACCAAAAAUAAUUUUUAGCAAAUAGAAGGUGAUUACUCAAGUAAAAUAUGCUCAUCGUUCUGUAUGUUUUUGUUAUCUUUGAUUGGUUUCUUCAUUACUACCUCAUUAGUAGGUUUUAGUCUAGACUAUUAGUCAAAACAAUGCAUGCAAUGACACACACCAUGCAUGCAUGCAUGCAUGCACAGCACACCAGAGUGAGCACAAAUCGAAGUUACCCUGUUGCUUCACUUUACUCUGAGGUACUACUGUGUUUGCAAUACUAUAUGCUUCAAUGUAAUUAUUUAUUUGGUGUAAAAAGGCCUAUAAUUAUCUUUAAAGAAAAUGUGAAGUCAUGCAAAGACCAUAAGAUUAGAUUUAAUGUUUGAGCACAUUAUUUUUAAAGGUUAGGUUAAUUUGCACGUGACCAUAUGGGCGGUUUGCUGUUGGAGGAGGCGUCACCUGAUUCCCCGCACAGGUGAAUCGACGCUAUUUAAUGCGAUGCUUUCAGGCGCAUUUAACCGCUUCAUCAAGCGUAAGGUGCAGCUUCAUUUUACUCGGGUAGUGGUCAUUUAAUUAAAAAGCACCAUGGUUUCGCAGCUGGAAAAUGCAAUGGAAAGCCUGAUUAAAGUCUUCCACACAUACUCCUCUAAAGAAGGAGACAAGUACAAGCUGAGCAAAGCAGAGCUCAAAAGCUUGCUUCAGGGAGAACUCAACGACUUUUUAACAGCGAGUAAAGACCCCAUGGUCGUGGAGAAGAUCAUGUCUGAUUUGGACGAGAACCAAGAUGGGGAGGUGGACUUCCAGGAGUUUGUUGUGUUGGUUGCUGCCCUCACAGUGGCAUGUAAUGAAUUCUUUGUAGAAAGCAUGAAGAAUUGAAUGUCUUCACAUUUGUAAAUGCUAUUUAUGAGAAAUAAAGGCUCUGCAUGAGAAAAUGUGUAUAGA